UGCUGCAAAGAUGGAUGGUUUUCAUAUAGAGGACAUUGUUACUUCAUCGAUUUGGGUAUAAAGCUGUCGUUUCCUGCAGCCAGGAUUUACUGUUUAAAUCUUGGGGCAGACCUAGUCCAGCUCGAAACAAUUGCUGAAAAUAAUUUUCUGAAGGGAUAUCUAAAGAAAAUCGAAGCAAAACAUGCUUGGAUUGGCCUAAAUGACAUGACUCAUGAAGGUAUAUGGCGAUGGUACGGCACGAAUGAACAUGCUACAUUCUCUGAUUGGACACCUGGACAACCAGACAAUGCAAUGAACAUUGAAGACUGCGUGCACUUUAAUCAUUAUCACUACUUUAAAUGGAACGAUUUCCCGUGCCGAAAUUUAGUUGCACCUUUCUGUGAGACAGACCAAAUAUGAGCAAACAUUUGAAUGAAAUAAAAUCCGACGAUUACAUAUAUCAUAUUAAUAUAUAUAUGUUUGUUUAAAAUUUAAUCGGAAGCAUAUAUUUUGUAAAUCGAAUAACAUGUACGAGUAAAACAUCAAACCUGUA